AUGACUGCUUUGGCCAACAGCUCCAGACUGCAUACAACUGAUCUAGCGGCACAGACAGUAUGUCGUGGCUGUUUCUGGACUGGUUCGUACCUCUCUACCUGCUGGUAUCGGUCUUGGUUCUUGCAGGAUUCGGAGCAUGCCUGUACUUCCUUGAACCAGGCCUGCAAGACGCCCAUAAGUGGAACAACAAAACGAUUCGCCAUCACCCGCUAG